CUCACUCACACACGCACACACACACACACACACACACACACACACACACACUCUUUCUUUCUCUUUUUUUAAUACCAGCACCAAGCACUUAACCUCAUUAGGGUGGAGGAGAAGGCGGUGGCGGUCUGGUAAGGCAGCUGCAACUACAACGAAUAAUAUGGCUAAUGGACUGCUGAAUUCCAAAGUAUUUGAGAUCCAAUAGAACAUCACUCUGCCACUCACUCCUUUAUCUUUUACUAGUUAUUUAAAAACAACUUUUAAUACCCUACCAGCUGCGCAUCAGACACACAUGGUGCAUUGUUGCCAUUCCCCGGAUUACAUCUUUGAAACACGGACUCUUAAUAAUCUUCAAACAAAGAGACAACCUCCUGGGAACGUUUACUGCGAGGGUGUCACCGUGACUGCCCUCUAACUUUUGCUGGAUCUGGAUUUGAAUUUCACUAUGGAGCCUCGCAUGGAGUCCUGCCUGGCACAGGUGUUGCAAAAGGAUGUAGGUAAACGACUGCAGGUUGGCCAAGAACUUAUAGACUAUUUCUCAGACAAACAGAAGUCUGCUGACCUUGAGCAUGACCAGACCAUGUUAGACAAACUUGUGGAUGGACUUGCUACUUCUUGGGUGAACUCUAGCAAUUACAAGGUGGUUCUUCUGGGGAUGGACAUCCUGUCUGCGCUGGUUACCCGGCUGCAGGAUCGGUUCAAGGCGCAGAUCGGCACAGUGCUGCCAAGUUUAAUAGACAGACUGGGAGAUGCUAAAGACUCCGUGAGGGAGCAAGACCAGACUCUGCUGCUAAAGAUCAUGGAUCAAGCUGCUAGUCCCCAGUAUGUGUGGGACCGAAUGCUGGGAGGCUUCAAGCACAAGAAUUUCAGGACUCGGGAAGGCACGUGUGUCUGCCUUGUUGCCACACUUAAUGUCUCUGGAGCACAUACUUUGACACUAAGCAAGAUUGUGCCACAUAUAUGUAAUUUACUUGGAGAUCCAAACAGCCAGGUUCGAGAUGCAGCAAUAAACAGCUUAGUGGAAAUCUACAGACAUGUAGGAGAACGUGUGAGGGCAGAUCUGGGUAAAAAAGGAUUGCCGCAAUCCCGAUUGAAUGUAAUUUUUACAAAAUUUGAUGAAGUCCAAAAAUCUGGAAACAUGAUACAAUCUGCAAAUGAUAAAAAUUUUGAUGAUGAAGAUUCUGUGGAUGGUAACAGACCUUCCUCUGCUAGUUCUACAUCAUCCAAAGCUCCAGCAACCUCACGGAGAAAUGUUGGAAUGGGGACUACCCGUCGGCUUGGAUCAUCCUCUCUCGGAUCCAAGUCUUCAGCUGCAAAAGAAGGAGCUGGUGCUGUUGAUGAAGAAGAUUUUAUUAAAGCCUUUGAUGAUGUACCUAUAGUGCAGAUUUAUUCCAGCCGAGACCUUGAGGAAUCUAUAAACAAGAUUAGGGAAAUACUAUCUGAUGAUAAACAUGAUUGGGAGCAAAGAGUAAAUGCGCUAAAAAAGAUUAGAUCUUUACUUUUGGCUGGUGCUGCUGAGUAUGAUAACUUCUUUCAACAUUUGCGACUUUUGGACGGAGCCUUUAAACUAUCUGCUAAGGAUCUGCGGUCUCAGGUAGUGCGGGAGGCUUGUAUCACGUUGGGGCAUCUAUCAUCAGUUCUGGGGAAUAAGUUUGACCAUGGAGCUGAAGCCAUUAUGCCAACUAUCUUUAAUUUAAUUCCAAACAGUGCCAAAAUUAUGGCUACUUCUGGUGUUGUAGCUGUUAGGUUAAUCAUUCGGCACACACACAUUCCUAGGCUAAUACCUGUCAUAACAAGCAACUGUACCUCUAAGUCUGUUGCAGUUAGAAGACGCUGUUUUGAAUUUUUAGAUUUACUUUUACAAGAAUGGCAAACACAUUCACUGGAACGACAUAUAUCAGUAUUAGCCGAAACAAUAAAGAAGGGAAUACAUGAUGCCGAUUCUGAAGCAAGAAUAGAAGCUAGAAAGUGUUACUGGGGUUUCCACAGUCACUUCAGCAGAGAAGCAGAGCACUUAUACCACACCUUGGAGUCCUCCUACCAGAAGGCCCUGCAGUCCCACUUGAAGAACUCGGACAGCAUUGUGUCUUUGCCGCAAUCUGAUCGGUCAUCUUCUAGCUCUCAAGAGAGUCUGAAUCGGCCGCUCUCUGCCAAAAGAAGUUCUACUGGAAGUACCACCUCCAGAGCUUCUUCAGUCAGUACCAAAUCUACAUCAACAACUGGGUCCCUCCAGCGAUCUCGAAGUGAUAUAGAUGUAAAUGCAGCAGCUAGUGCCAAAUCCAAAGCCUCCUCAGCUUCAGGAGCUACGCCCUUCAGCUCUGCAGCAGCUUUACCUCCAGGGUCAUAUGCAUCCUUAGAGUCCAGACACGUGAGGGAAGAUGUGGAAUCAGUAGGCCUUGAUUCAGAUGGUACUGCCACUAAAGCAGAGGGUCGGAUUCGCACAAGACGACAAAACUCUGGGAGUGCCACCAAUGUCGCUUCUAUACCUUCUGAUAAUCGAGGCCGCAGUCGUGCUAAAGUAGUUUCACAGUCCCAGCGAUCCAGAUCUGCUAAUCCUGCUGGUGCUGGCAGCCGGUCAAGUUCCCCAGGGAAAUUGUUGGGAAGUGGUUACAGUGGCCUUGCUGGGGGUUCCUCAAGAGGCCCAUCUGUGACAUCCUCUUCAGAAAAACGAAGCAAGAUACCCAGGAGUCAGGGAUGUAGCCGAGAAACAAGUCCAAACCGAAUAGGAUUAGCACGGAGCAGCCGUAUCCCUCGACCCAGCAUGAGUCAGGGGUGCAGCCGCGAUACCAGCCGUGAGAGCAGCCGAGAUACAAGCCCUGCUCGGGGCUUCCCUCCACUGGACCGGUUUGGGUUUGGCCAGGCAGGAAGAAUACCUGGUUCUGUGAAUGCCAUGCGUGUUUUAAGCACAAGUACAGACCUGGAAGCUGCUGUUGCUGAUGCUUUGCUGUUAGGAGACUCCAGGAGCAAGAAGAAGCCUGUGAGGAGGAGAUAUGAACCGUAUGGGAUGUAUUCUGAUGAUGAUGCCAAUAGUGAUGCCUCAAGUGUUUGCUCUGAGCGCUCAUAUGGUUCCAGGAACGGUGGCAUUCCCCAUUAUCUACGGCAGACUGAGGAUGUAGCAGAAGUUCUCAACCACUGUGCUAGUUCAAACUGGUCAGAAAGGAAAGAAGGGCUUCUAGGCCUGCAGAACUUACUGAAGAGCCAAAGGACACUGAGUCGAGUAGAAUUGAAAAGAUUGUGUGAAAUCUUCACACGAAUGUUUGCUGACCCACAUAGUAAGAGAGUUUUCAGUAUGUUUUUGGAGACUCUUGUUGAUUUUAUAAUAAUUCAUAAGGAUGACUUGCAGGACUGGCUUUUUGUUCUUCUCACACAAUUACUUAAGAAAAUGGGGGCAGAUUUACUUGGAUCUGUGCAAGCAAAAGUCCAGAAGGCUCUAGAUGUCACAAGGGACUCCUUUCCAUUUGAUCAGCAAUUUAAUAUUUUGAUGAGGUUUAUUGUGGAUCAAACUCAGACUCCUAACCUCAAGGUCAAAGUCGCAAUCCUGAAGUACAUUGAGUCUCUUGCCAGGCAGAUGGAUCCAACUGAUUUUAUAAACUCUAGUGAGACCAGACUUGCUGUUUCUAGAAUUAUAACCUGGACAACAGAACCAAAGAGUUCAGAUGUGAGAAAGCGUAGUCGAGUAGGUGAGGAUUUCCCCAGCAGGUCAGCUUCAACCUGCUCUGGGCUUGGAGAAGGAAACUUGGAAGAAAAUUGUAAACAGGCAGCACAAAUUGUGCUAAUUUCGCUGUUUGAAUUGAACACUCCUGAAUUUACCAUGUUACUUGGUGCCUUGCCGAAAACAUUCCAGGAUGGUGCCACCAAACUCCUGCAUAACCACCUCAAGAAUUCCAGUAACACCAGUGUGGGCUCUCCGAGCAAUACAAUUGGCCGGACUCCCUCCCGACACACCAGCAGUAGGACUAGCCCCCUGACCUCGCCCACCAACUGCUCCCAUGGGGGCCUGUCUCCAAGCAUGCUGGACUAUGAUACAGAGAACUUGAACUCUGAAGAAAUCUAUAGUUCUUUGCGUGGAGUAACAGAAGCCAUCGAAAAGUUUAGUUUUCGAAGCCAAGAGGAUCUCAAUGAGCCAAUUAAACGAGAUGGCAAGAAGGACUGUGAUAUAGUAUCCCGGGAUGGUGGAGUUGCCUCCCCUGCCACUGAGGGCCGGGGAGGCAGUGAUGUGGUGGAAGGAGGCAGAACUGCUCUGGAUAACAAGACCUCCCUCCUCAACACCCAGCCUCCGCGCACCUUCCCAGGGCCACGGGUGCGAGACUACAAUUUGUAUCCGUACUCAGAUACCAUCAACACCUAUGAUAAGACAGCCCUGAAGGAGGCCGUGUUUGAUGAUGACAUGGAGCAGCUCCGAGAUGUGCCCAUUGACCAUUCUGACCUGGUGGCCGACCUUCUGAAAGAGCUAUCCAACCACAACGAGCGAGUGGAAGAACGGAAAGGUGCCCUCCUGGAGCUGCUCAAGAUCACCCGGGAAGACAGCCUGGGCGUCUGGGAAGAGCACUUCAAGACCAUUCUGCUCUUGUUGUUGGAGACGCUUGGAGACAAAGAUCAUUCCAUUCGAGCACUAGCAUUGAGAGUUUUGCGGGAAAUCCUGAGAAACCAGCCAGCAAGAUUUAAAAACUACGCAGAGCUGACCAUCAUGAAGACUCUGGAAGCCCACAAAGACUCCCACAAGGAGGUAGUGAGAGCUGCGGAGGAAGCUGCGUCCACCUUGGCAAGUUCCAUCCACCCGGAACAGUGCAUUAAGGUGCUCUGCCCCAUCAUCCAAACAGCCGACUACCCCAUCAACCUUGCUGCAAUCAAGAUGCAGACAAGAGUCGUUGAGAGGAUCUCCCGGGAAUCCUUGCUACAGCUCCUUGCUGACAUCAUCCCGGGCUUGCUGCAGGGCUAUGACAACACUGAGAGCAGUGUGCGGAAGGCCAGUGUGUUUUGCUUAGUGGCAAUUUAUUCCGUAAUCGGAGAAGAGCUAAAACCUCACCUUGCACAGCUCACAGGGAGCAAGAUGAAGCUACUAAACUUAUAUAUAAAGAGGGCCCAGACCACGAACAGCAACAGCAGCUCCUCCUCCGAUGUCUCCACACACAGCUAGUGGCAACGCCAGAGUCCCUGUAGCCGUAGAACAAUCGGUGGUGCCUCUCAGAGACCUUUCCCCACCCUCCCCUUCCUAGGCUGCCUGGGCGGGACAAAGAGGCCCGCAAAUAUUUAUUACAAUCAGUAUUUUGGUCCCUUCCACCUUUUGUGUAUAAUCUUACUGGUAUUGAAUGUAAAGGAAGCAAGGCCUAUUGUGCAGUCUUCAACAAAACAAAAGGAAUAAGAAAUGAAGAGCCAUACAUGUCUUCUACAGCCUAGUGAGAUCAUAAAACCAUGAGUGUGGGUGCAGUUUUUAAAAGUCAGAGAGCCCUCUGGCCAAUGCUUAAUUGGAAGUACUGCUUUCUCUUCAGUGAACAGAGUUGAGAGUGUGUUGAUUCAUGUUUCUCUGUCAUCUUAGCCUGCUUGGUUCUGGAAUAUAGCCUGUGUGGGGCAGGUGACCCCCCCCCCCCCACACUCAAUCAUAGCUUGACACCAUGAAAGGGUUGGUUGUAUGUCUUUAAAUUGUAUUUCAAGACCUACUAGGAAUAUGAAUCACAUCUUGGCAAGAAAUGGAGAAAAGCCUGAAAAUGGCCUUUUAACAAACCUGGAAUUUUGUUUAUACUGUCAAGACUAAAAGCUGGCUGCCCUCACUUUAGUUUAUUAAAAGGGCAUCCCCACCGUCUGCUUCCAGGUCAGGCUCCCAGCCCCUCUGAACGGUUCUGGGACAUUGUCCUCACCACAGAGCUCCUACCCAAAAGACUUCUUCAAGUUUAUAUCCAAACACAAAAAUCACAGGAUACUAGUAGCAUCAGUUAGUGGAUACCUCAAAUUGCAUUUCAUGAAGCAUAGAAGAUAUGAGAAGUAGUUCAUUUUACUACCAAGGUCUUAGGGAAACAUGGUUUUACAGGGCUCCUCUCACGACUCUGGAUCCUGGUCUUUCUGACUUGGCUUCUUUCCUCUCUCCAUCCUUUGCCUAUUAAGCUGCUCAAUUCUAAAAUGUUUUCAUUUAAUCUGGUAAAUGGCAACUAUAAAACCAUCUCAGUUUUCACUUCUGUAUUUCAUUUGGGACUAAGGUCAGAGAAAAGUCUAGAGAGACCAGGUAUCAGCAUUUUUUUUUUAAUGUCCUGAAAUACUUCCUUGAUCAUCUGUUGAAAUAAUCAUUGUUUAAGGAAAUAAUAGUUAUGGUGAGUGACAAAUUGCUGAAAAACAGGCUCUGAAAUUCAAAAUUAGGGUUUCCUUUUCUUCAGUAAUUACCCAUUUUUAAAAGUUUUGUGAGGGUAUAUUGCUUCAAAUUAUUAAAGUCUGGUUAAAUAAGUCUGGAGUAAAAAUCUUAAAGCCAAAUGGAAAUUCCUGUUGCAAUCAUGAAGAUUUGUGUCUUUUGCUAUUCUAUUUCAGAACCUCUAAAUUGAACUGAUUUUUACAUAAAGAAAAUGCCUGUUCUGGUAUUGAUUUUUGAUCAAUCAUUUGCUAUUUCAGUGCAGACAGAGUCCCUUCAUCUGCCAGGAGUGAGAAGCAGAGAUUUUUAUGGUUCUCACCUCUGACCUCCACAGGCACCCCUCCCUCUUCUCUUCUCUGACCCUCCAUAGGUGAUAUGGGAAGUUAUAAAAGACAAUAUAGAGAACAUAACUCAUUUUCAUUCAUAUCUUAUUUUAGAUACUUUAUUUAGAAAUAGGCACUGAAAAUGAAGGUCUAGGAACAGUGAAGCCAGGGUUCCUUCACAUUGGGGAAGUGGGGUAUCUCGCACUUACAGGGAGUACCAUGGUUGAAUAUGACUGGCUUAUGUUUGGCUCAGAACACAGCAGGACCAGGCCUUACUUUCAUUGAUAAAUACUGUUUGUUAAUAUUUCACUAACAGGACUUUUUUUACACUCUACAAGUGAGUCAGAGCAGAGCAUCUUUUCAUUACUCUGUUGUACAAAUGUUGAUUCUGGCUAGGUUAUUUAUGAGUUCUUUUAUGCCUAAUGCAUUCGGAAAGACUUCUCCUUCGACUCUUUGACUCAGAGGUCACCAUAGCACCUGCCUGUAGUUGGGAAGAACCUUGAAUAUUGUCAGAUGUCCUUGUAGUACUCACAAAGGGCUCACCUUGAAUGUCACUUGCCUGAUCUUCAAUCCCCUGACUACAGCCACUCAGAGUUCUCCUGGCCUCAAUCAAACUGCUCCCUGCCACUAAGGAGAUUCGCAUGCUGCUACCACCUCACAGGGAGAGGCUGUGCCCGCCCACCUUGGAAUCCUGACAGCUGCAGCUCCCUGGCCGCUUCCCUGCAGGGCUCCUGUCCACGUGAGACAACAGGACACAAAAAGCAGAGCACCCAAAGCUGGGUUUGCCUCCCCUAUUCACCUGAUGUCCAGGGCCCACAGAAACCCACCUGAACCCACCACUGAGGCCAGAUGGUCUGGCUCCUGCUCUCCUUCAAGCUGCUGCUCUCCCUUGAAGCCAUGGUGUGUUCCACAGGCUGAGGGCAAGGGCACGCCAGCAGUCCUCAGUAGACCACGUGCUCCCGGACCCAGUACCCAUCACUUGCUCACCAAUUCCCUGCAUAGGUAAUGCAGUGGACUUCUGUCAUCUUUUUCUUUCCCUGCUGCCCUUUAUUUAUCAAGCAUAAUACACAUCAAAGAACAGCAAAUAAAAGCUUUGUAGAUCCCACAGGAUUUUGCUAACAAUGAUGUUUGGAAAUGGAAAAAGAAAUGCUCUGAAAAAUAUCAGCCACCAAAACAGUUUUGUCAGCACUAUGUUUACACGCAUGGUCCCCAUACCCCAGGUUGGAUCUUUGUUUUGGGGUUGGGUUUUUUUUCCCCCAUUGUUUUUUGUUUUGGGGGUUUGUUUUUUUUUUGGGGGGGGGUGUUUUUUCUGUUACAUCCAUAUCUGUAUUUAUAUCUUAUUUGUUUCACUUUCAAGUGUAUCAUGGCAAAUGUACAGAUUUUUUUGUUAAUAAUGUGCUAGGAUUUGCUAAAAAAAAAAAUCCACCCUUUUGAGUUUGCCCUAGGAUAAAUAAAACUUAAUUCAGUUUC